AAAGGGUUUUGCAGCGUGCAAACCAGACUGCCCGGAUGCCUCGCGCGUGUGCAAGGAAGGAGGGAAGGGAGCGGAAGGAGGUGCCACCUGCUAUGGAAGGCCGGGCGUCUGCACGGGGACGUCCCUCUCGCCUCCCUAGGCGGGGUUCCCUCCGCUCUUGGCGCCCCUGCAAGGCGGCACGGGAGGAGGGACGCGGCCGUUUGGAGCCGUGCCAGUCGGCAGAGGGAUCAAGAGAGGGAACGAGCCGGGACUCGGCGGCCGUGGAGAUGGCACAAAACGACCCCCAAAGCGCCAGGGAGCUCUUGGAGUUUGCAGAAAAUCUGCUACAACAGGUGCAUGAAAAUUUUCAGGCAUUGACUGACAAAUUAACGCUAAGAAUGGAAGACAUGGGUGAGCAGAUAGAUGACCUUGAAAAACAUGUUAAUGGACUAGUGGCUCAAGCUGGUGUAGAAAAUGCCAGUGAAGAACUAACGCACUGAAGACAUCAGGAUGGUGAAUGACAAUCGUAUAUUGUUCAAAUGUGACGACUGAAAGUGGGACCUACAAUUAUACAGAAUUCAAAACAUUUGAAUUUAUUUGUAUAAAACAAUCUACCACGAAUGGAUGAAUAAGCUACCUUCUUACGCAAAAGUAGAAAGAACUAUGAAGAUGUCCAGAGUUUGUUCCGGCAUUAAGAAAAAGUUCCUAUCCUGCAUGUUUGCACAAGAUUUAAAACUAGGUUUUAGUUCACAACUAUUAUAGUAUGAAUAAACUUGCAAUCUUUUUUUU